AUGGCGAACACAGCCAAAGUAGACAACGAUGGUGCUGCGCUACCAGGGACCUCUAGUCACCCGCACGCAGACACCAACUCACUGCAACUGCCACCAUCUCAAUCAUCACUCUCCGUACGGAGCGACUGUGAUGACAGCAGCGCCGGAUACAUCACCGCCUCCUCCAGUCGCGUCUCCCACAUUGAUGCUGAACCGCUGACCGCGCUGCCUCGCAUCAGCCUCGAUACGGUGCGCUCGUCCACACCAGUCAAGAACCAGCAUCCUUCCUUUGCACGGAGCCCCUCCUCCGACUCGAUGACCACCACAGCGGGCCACAGCAGCAGCAACGACACGAGCUCAGCGAACCUCGCUUCUCUCAGCUCGGUCACCACGUUUGUGCCCAGCACACUUACCGAUCUCGACACGUCGGACGAAGAUGACGACGAUGGCGCGCUUGGCGGUUCGGAGGCUGGGGCCGAGAGCGGAGAUGGUACGGCAGAGUUCGUUCCGAACUACGACUUUGAUCUUCGCGAUCCACACGAGCGCACAAUGAACGAUUAUGAUGGCUAUUUCGAGCAAGACGACCAAGGGGAUGCGACGGAACAAGACCAGACGUUGACAGCCGGCGACGUGAUCACCGUCAGCCAUUCGCACUCCACCAGCAUCAACACCUACAACGACUCGGCUUCCCAUUCGCGCUCUGCAUCCCAGCCCGGCACCACCAUCUUCCCGCACGAUUCCCCAAACCAUCACUCAUCGCACUUCCCCAUAAGCCUCUCGUCCUCGUGGCCGUCGCUCGCGCUGCCUCCCUCGGCAGUCAAGCUGCAUCGCAAGCGGCGCAGCAUCCUCCUCCGCCUCCUCAAGACCUGGGAAGGUCGCGAGCAGGUUUUGCAUCUCACCCACUCGCUCGUCCUCGUACUGUACUCAUCGCUUGACCAUCCGGUGCCGCAAACGUAUCGGAGCGCCAUCAUGCGUCCCGCAGGAGCCGUGUUGGCUAUGUCGUUCCCCAAGCCCGUCCGUGUGGCGCUGAUGCAGCGCAUCUACACGACGGCAGAAGGAAUCGACAAUUUCCGGCGAGUGAUUCUCAUCGCUCGCUGGGUGACGGCCGCUACCGAAGCGGUGAUGGAGCAUUGGCAGAAUCGACAGGUUUCUAAGCGACGUGAGGUUGGCGAGGUUCAAAGCAGGCUUACAGGGGAGGAACCGGUUGAGAAGCGCGCGGAUCAUCUGGACGGUAGGGUGAACUGGUUGCAGCCGCCGAGUAUCGCACCAUUGGACGCUGUAAAUGCGGACGAGGAGGAGCAGACGGGAGGAGAGCAGGGCUUCAGCAGGGCUCCUGCUUCAAAGUUGGGGAAAGCGACGGGACGCGGCGAUGCGACGGGCGCUGUCGGGGCCGAUGUUGCCGAGAAUGUCGAUGCCGGCUCCUCCAAGACGGGCUCCGACAAGCACACGGUCACAUCCUCGACCACUGUCUCCCGCACCUUUGCCAAAUUCUGGUCGAGCCUCACGCGGCUUACGCACCUCGAAGCAGCUGCCGAGUCGCUUGCCACCAUCGGCGAAGCAUGCGAGACAGCCGCAGUGCUUGCAGGCGGUGGCAUGUUCUGGCGCGCCGUCGGAAUCCAGCGACUCGGGCUGCCCUUCCUAUCGUCCCGUCGACGAAAGGGCAUCGAGCGGCUUGGCAUUGUGCUUUCGCUCUGCUCGGUACUGCUCAGCCUGCUCGUCCUCCGCAUCGAACGCAAAGCUUUACGGGCGCAAUUGCGGUCGGCGCAUCGAAGGAUCAUCCGUGCCAACGACAAGCUCGGCUGGGCCACCGAGCUGGCGGGCACGACGAUCGAGCGCGACCAGGCGCUGUCGCACCGCAAGCGCGAUCCCUCGGUGGGUCGCGCGAGGUCCCAGGCAAGACAGCCGCUCGAGAUGCUCGGGCCCGACCUACAGGAUGCGGCGAGAGAGCUGGAUGACCAGGACCUCUCCGCGUCCGACUCCGCGUCCGAUUCGGGUCUGUCUGACACUUGGACAGUUGUGCCCGACGCAGACGACACGUUUACCGCCCACUACCGCGCUGAGGUAGAGCGGCCGCGCCGACGCACACAGCAGCACAGCCACGGGCCGAAACCCAUCGACGUGAGCUCGCUCAUCCAGUCGACCGAACGCUCGCUGGUCCGCGCGGAAUCCGACCUGCGCCGCACGCGCCGCAGCAUCAAACUCAACUUUUGGGAAAAGGUCGCCAACCUCUCGGAGUCCGUCUUCCUCUCCUACGAGGCCGCCGCCCCGCACAUGGACAAGGACGCCACCGAGGGCUGGACCGGCUUGCUGGCGAGCGCCAUCCGCCUCACUUCGCUGUGGAGGCAGAUCAGCUGGGGGUGGAUUUGA